GCAUAACAAAGAAGCUAUAAGGAGGGACUCUGAGCGUGUAGGAAAUGGAGAACAGGGAAAACCUUACCCUAUGACUGAUGCAGAACGAGUGGACCAGGCAUACAGGGAAAAUGGUUUUAAUAUCUUUGUGAGUGAUAAAAUUUCUCUGAAUCGUUCCCUUCCAGACAUCAGACAUCCAAACUGCAAGAAUAAGCUGUACCUGGAGAAGCUUCCGAACACUAGCGUGAUAAUACCGUUCCACAACGAGGGAUGGUCCUCUCUCCUCCGGACAGUGCACAGUGUCCUAAACCGCUCCCCUCCUGAGCUGAUAGCAGAGGUAGUGCUGGUUGAUGACUUCAGCGACAGAGAACACCUGAAGAAGCGCCUGGAAGAUUAUAUGGCCCAGUUCCCAAAUGUAAGAAUCCUCCGAACCAAAAAGAGAGAAGGGCUGAUAAGAACUCGAAUGCUGGGAGCCUCUGUGGCAAUAGGGGAUGUCAUCACCUUCUUGGAUUCCCACUGCGAGGCCAACGUCAACUGGCUGCCACCUCUGUUAGAUCGCAUUGCCCGAAACCGCAAGACUAUCGUUUGUCCUAUGAUUGAUGUUAUUGACCAUGACCACUUUGGAUAUGAGACUCAGGCUGGAGACGCAAUGCGAGGUGCAUUUGACUGGGAGAUGUAUUACAAGAGGAUCCCUAUUCCUCCUGAGUUACAGAAACUUGAUCCCAGUGAUCCCUUUGAGUCUCCUGUAAUGGCUGGAGGACUGUUUGCAGUCGAUAGAAAGUGGUUCUGGGAGCUGGGAGGGUAUGAUGCAGGUCUGGAGAUAUGGGGAGGAGAGCAGUAUGAAAUAUCCUUUAAGGUAUGGAUGUGUGGGGGUCGCAUGGAGGACAUCCCUUGCUCUAGAGUUGGUCAUAUCUACAGAAAAUAUGUUCCAUACAAGGUUCCAACCGGAGUCAGCCUGGCAAGAAACUUGAAGCGGGUGGCCGAGGUGUGGAUGGAUGAGUACGCAGAGUACAUAUACCAGCGUAGACCAGAGUACCGGCAUCUUUCUGCAGGGGACGUCGCAGCUCAGAAGGAACUUCGCAACAACCUCAACUGCAAAAGCUUCAAGUGGUUCAUGAACGAGGUCGCGUGGGACUUGCCAAAGUUUUACCCACCAGUGGAGCCUCCAGCAGCUGCGUGGGGAGAGUUACGCAAUGUAGGAACUGGACUGUGUGUGGAUACUAAGCAUGGAGCCCUGGGAUCCCCACUGAGGCUGGAAAACUGUGUGAAGGACACAGGAGAGGCAGCAUGGAACAACGUGCAGGUGUUCACGUUCAGCUGGAGAGAAGACAUCCGUCCUGGGGAUCCUCAGCAUACCAAGAAGUUUUGUUUUGAUGCCAUUUCCCACAGCAGCCCUGUAACCCUCUAUGACUGUCAUGGAAUGAAGGGGAACCAGCUCUGGAGAUACCGAAAAGUGAGUGUGUGUGUGCGUGCAUAUGCAUAUUCUCAUUUAAGGUGUCAAAUUGCCUGUAGGCACUUAACUUUCCUUAAAAUGUCACCACUCAUGUUUUAUUCCUUCUCUUCAUGUAGCUGUGAUAAGAGAACCUGCAGAGAAUCUGUUGUCAUUGUGCCAUUAACUACCCUUGAUUAGAAAGAGGUGGCUCCCCUGUUCACAGAAUCACAGAAUGGCAAGGGUUGGAAGGGACCUCGGG